AUGCAUGCCUCCGAGAACCUUGAAACAAAGGCCGUCGUCGACGCCCGCAAAGAUAAGGAUGGUACCUCCAUGGGCGAGAAGCUCAGCAACAACACCGACACUCCUGGCACUCACGACUUUGAAGCCGGCAAGCAUGAGGAGGCCAGCGGCGGCAUCUUUGACGGCGGAAACGGACAGUCUUUCCGUAACAUGGGCCGUUGGGAUGCCCUCUUUGCUCUUCUGUGCAACCAGUUUGGCCUAGGUGUUCUAGGCCUCCCCGGUGCCGUGCGAGAUCUGGGUGUUAUCCCCGGCAUUAUCGCCAUUAUCCUAAUCGGCUGCCUUUCUGGAUAUGCUGGUUAUGAACUGCUCCAAUUCCACGCCCGCUAUCCUCACUGCGUCAAUGUAAUUGACAUGGUGCGAGUCAUGGGUGGACGUCCCUGGGAGAUUAUCGCAGCCAUUGGCCUUGUUAUCCAACUCCUCAUGACUUGUGCCUCUACCGCCGUCACGCUCUCAGUCGCCCUCAACACCCUGAGUGAGCAUGGAACAUGCACUGUUGGCUUCAUCGGCAUCGCCUGCAUCGCGUGUUUCCUGCUCUGCGUACCCCGAACGGCCAAGUUCAUCGCCUACAGCGGUGUCCCGACCGUCAUCAGCAUCCUCGUUGCGGCCUUGGUUGUCAUGAUCAGCCUCGGAGUCUCAGACCCUGCAAAGGCGCCUGACGGUUGGGACGCCAAGAUCACUGUCGUCGCUUCUCCCAGCUUCCGGACCAUCUUCAACGCCUGUCUCAAAAUUAUCUUUGCCUUUGCCGGCAACAUCACUUUCCCUUCUUUCAUGGCUGAAAUGAGAAACCCAGUGAGGGACUUCCCCUAUGCCCUCAGUGGUCUCAUCACCAUUUCCAUCACCUUCUACCUGACCCUGGCCAUUGCCAUCUACUGCCUCGCUGGCGAGUACACCACCUCUCCUGCGCUGGGUUCUGCUCCCAUUAUUCCGGCCAAGGUUGCCUACGGCAUUGUCAUCCCCGCUGUCAUGACCGCCGGCCUUGCAAACGGCCACAUCGGCAUCAAGUACUUCUUCGUGCAGAUCCUCCGCUGGCUCAAGAGAACCGACCAGGUCACGAGCAACUCUUCCUUUGCCUGGGGUCUCUGGAUCGGCUGCGCGACUGUCUUUUGGGUUCUGUCCUUCCUCAUCUCCAACGUUAUUCCCAUCUUUGACUCUAUCCUGUCCAUCAGCUCGGCCACCACCUAUGCCUGGUUCACCUACGGCAUCUCUGCCCUUCUGUGGUUCCACUUGAACAAGGGCCGCUACUUUAGCGGAUGGAAGCAGAUCACCUUUACUCUUGUCAAUGUCUUCCUCGUUGGUUUCUCUCUGCUCCUCAACGGCGCCGGUCUUUGGUCUUCGAUAACCGAGAUGCUUGACCUUUUCAAGGCAGGCGGAGUCCGUGGAGUCUUUGACUGUGGUGACAAUGCCAUCUUCUAA